AUGGGGGAUUUCGAAGCCGUCAGGACGAAAGAGAUUGCCGUUCAGCAUGGUGAGCCUGUAACGCUACCUUGCAGUGUGCCUUUGGGCUAUCCGCCACCAGUAGUAACUUGGAUCAUGGAGAAAAACUCCCAAAUUCAGUAUCUCAAAGAAACAAAUCGCAGGGCCACAGACAUUAACGGUUUCCUGUAUAUCGCUGCAGUGAUUGAAGAAGACCAUGAUACGUUGUACACUUGCGUGGCAAACAAUGAAGUCCUCCGGCAUCAGAAAAACGGACCGUCAUACAAAAUUAAAGUCUACGGUCAACAAACAAACUAUGCGCUGAGAUCAUUGUACCGGACGCCAAGGACAGAGGUAGCAAUCGCCGGUGAUACACUUCAGUUAAAGUGUAUAUAUGGAGGUUUUCCCACACCACAAUACACCUGGUUCAAAGAUGACAAGGAAAAUAUUGAGCUACCAAAUGUUGCAAUAAAAAAUACGGGCACCAUGCUAGAGAUCAGUCCAGUCAACGAAGAAGCAGCUGGGCAAUAUCGUUGCCAAGGCUCCAAUGAACAGACGAGGACCACGAUGAACUCCCAGUACACCGUGCAUGUGCAGGUUCGCCCAACUUUCGUGGAAAAACCUGAGGACAUCACGGUGCCGGUGAAUGGUUCAGUGACUUUUCGCUGUACCGCCAAGGGGACCCCGACACCACAGAUUAGAUGGACUGUCAAUGGAGAAGACCCGGCUGGUUACAUCGACGGUGUUCGGAAGACUCUGAGUGGCAGCGUUAUGCGGCUGUACAACUUAACUGUGAAAGAUACGGCCGUUAUUCAGUGUAAUGCAUCAAACGCAUUUGGCUAUGACCUUGUGAAUGCUUAUGUCAACGUAAUGCGGGAGCCACCGUACUUCAUCAAGCCACCUCAAUCAGAACUGCGCGUGGUCGACGGGCACGAAGUGACACUUAACUGCCAAACAUUUUCAGCCCCGAAGGCAGUGAUUUCUUGGAGCAAGGAUGGUAGGCCGAUCAACGGUGGACGUUACAGGAGUUUACCGAAUGGUGAUUUGCGAAUAGCGGCUGCGGCUAACACUGAUUCGGGGAUAUACGAGUGUACUGCGACGAAUCCGUUUGGUAGCCGGAAAGCUUCCGGUCGUUUACUCGUUCGCCGCCGGACACGUAUUGUGUUGGCUCCAAUUGACACUCAAGUCUACGAGAACCAGGUAGUCAAGUUUGUUUGUACUGCGGAAACAGACCCAGUGGAGGCGGAAAAUUUAAAAAUAACAUGGUACAAAGAUAACAACUUGAUUAUGCCUGAUGUGACACCUCGAAUACAACCGGUGUGGUUCGAUUAUUCUCUAGUACUGAGUGGUGCUCAGCCUAGAGACACGGGGCAGUAUCGAUGCAAUGCAAGCAAUGGGCUGGAUUUUGCGGUCGCAUCUGCCUCCUUACUGGUUCAAGGUGCACCGGAACAAGCCAUUCGAGUGCAAGUCAACUGCGUCGAAUUCAUAAAUGAGGAGCUGGCUUUGGUUUCCUGGUACCCGGGAUCCGACAAUUAUUCGCCUAUCAUGGAGUAUAUCGUGGAAUAUUCAACACAAUACGAACGGGAAACCUGGUAUCCUGCGGAAAUAUUCAACUACACUGGCUUGGUCCAAAGCACUUCGACUAAGGUACUCCUCCGACCGGCCAUUUUGUACUGGUUCCGCGUUCGAACAAGAAAUAGAGUUGGCACAUCCCUACCAAGCUCACCCACAACGACUGAAUGCGGUAUACCUCCGCGAGUCCCGGAAGUUAAUCCAAGGGAACUGUACGUUUACGGAUCCAUGAGAAACAACAUGAUCAUACGUUGGACGACACUGCCCUACAUUGAGCACUACGGAAGCAAUCUUGGCUAUGAACUAACUAUUGCCUGCCUAAACUGUGAUAUUAUUCCAAAAUCCGCUAUCAACCACACUGUCAUUGGUGAUUGGCGAACCGAUCGAAUCACACUAACUUCGUUUCGCGUGGGCAGAACUAUCUAUGAACUGGAGACUUUUAAACAAUUCAGAGUCACCAUCCAGAGCCGCAACGAGAAAGGAAUGAGCACCGCUCCUCCUACCGUUGCUUUCGGCUACUCUGGCGAAGCAGUCCCCACAAUAUCCCCACCGACGCCGACAGUGAUUAACGUGACAGGUCAGGGUGCAGUCCUGCAAUGGCAAGCACUGACGGAAGCACAAGCGUUUCAGGUGAACGGAUACUUCCGAGGAUACAGAAUCGAAUGGUGCGACGCAUCUGCGACAUCGACUCAGUGUGCAGCGGGAACACGGUUUCAGGAUGUGCUAGUUAGAAUCCCAACAACACCGGUCUUGUACAAUCGCAGAAGGCGAUCGGUUUCUAUUCGGGAGGAAGAGCAGGCUUCUGCUAAUGAUACAAACGACUGGCAUGGUGUUCACAGUACUGCAGAAGAGUCUGUUCUAGAUCGUUACCUGUCCAAUACAAGCAAACCUACGAGUCGAACUUAUGCGCCAUUCUGGUCAAGAUAUUCUAUCUCCCCUAUUUGUGGAACAAACCCUGUGCGUGUUAUAUCUUGUCCCGGCGCAGGCCGGUUCCCGAGGGCAGCCCAGUCACCGUCGAUUCUUGGCGAUGCGUACGAUUCCGUUGUGUCUCGGAUGCCCAGACAAACAACUUCACCACGUGUGCCUCAAGCAGUAACUGGAACACAAAAGUCGGCUCCGUUUGUUUACGGGCAAACAAUUACCCACACGUUGACUGGUGUGCCCGGGGCGUCGACCGCCCGUGUCUGGUUGAGGGUUCUAAACACCAGGUUUGCAGGACCCAUGGGUGGCACUGUUGAAAUAACUACCCUUGAAGACACCCCAGGACCAGUGGCCAAUCUUCGCUCUACUGGUGUUGGUGUAACAUUUGCCGAGAUAACCUGGACUCCACCGUCGGAACCUAACGGCAUCGUGCUUGGAUAUGAGUUCGAAGCCAUGGAAUUGUUGAAAUUGGUCCUGGUCAACUGGCUAGUGCGAGUACAACGUAAGUUCGCCUGCUGUGGGGCCACUUCUCAUUUGAACUGGUUAUCACUAGAUAUACACACUACGCCUGCCGUCAAUGAACUGAACCAAACCGAAUAUGAUCCCUGGAUUCAACUUGAUGUUGUAACCUGUGAAUCCGCCUUGCUCACGCCCAGUUCCGAAGUGACUAUCUACCAUCUCCGCUAUGAUGCACCGGUCUAUCGCCGAGACUGCAACACAGCCGCUUAUGAUUAUCAAUACACGGAAUUAGGGGGUCUCAUCGGACUAUUUGCCGCUGUCGACGUCUGCUUGCAUUUGCUUCAAGUCUGCACACAGUUAUACAGCUACCAUAAAACGGCUCCGCGAUAUCCAUGCGUGAAGUGGGCGAACAAACUGCCUCCGCUUCAAAGCAAACUAACUCCACCAAAAUUUGGCUCACGACGUGAAAGUACCGGCUCGAUAAUACAUCGCACGGGAUCUAUCACACAUGCUGAUGGUUCUCGAACACACACAGACGGCUCGGUUACUUUUCCUGAUGGCAAGACCUUACCGAAGCCUGAAAAAUUGGUGCACCGCUCCGGUUCGAUAACCCUGCGUUCUGGAUCACGCCUUCAUCGUACUGGCUCGCGAACUCACUUGGAUGGGAGCCGUACACACAGAACAGGUUCCAUCACGUACGAGGAUGGAUCUAGGCGGCAUAGGGACCAAAUGAUUACACCUGGACCUGGGGACAGUCGUGAAGGAUGCAUGGUUGGUGCGAAUGCACAAAUGUUUUUUGGUUCUACUGGUUACAUAAACACUGAACGGCUCAUACAGGCAUGCCAAGGGAUUCAUUUGUUCGCACAACCCAGCCUAGUUCAGCAAAUGGAGUUAGAUGAUAAAGCAGAAUGGUUGGAGCGCAAUUUGAAAAUCGGUUGGAUUGUCCAUGGAGGUGGUAAGCAACACUGCACGAUCGUUCCUUUAAUUUCUCUUAAGUCGGCUAGAGUGGACGGGCCGAUACAAACCAGCGAAUUACGUCGCUUCCUGCGGUUGCAACUGCCUAUUUUGGAGGCAAUUAUAUACACGGAUGGCAAUGCUAUUUUGGAAAAUGAAGCGAAUGCGUACUACCGAAGCUUCGGUGUCUGUUUCAUUAGGUCCAUAUUAUUUCUACUCUUCGGCUACGUUGCCGCAUGCCUUAUAUUUCCGCUAUUUUUACCCACAAAUCUGGACUCACCAGUGUUAUACUCCGCUCCGGGUUGGGUAUAUGAUAGUAUGCAAAGGCAUUCAAAUGAUCAACAAGUGGCAGAGGAUGCACAGGCUAUACACCAGGAGGUAACAAAGCAGGCCGGAUUGCUGCUGUACACUUGCAUUAUGGGAGGCAUGCUGAUCUCCCGCCGCACUCGCUGCCUUGUGGUGCUUCUCAUUCCGAUUUUUAGUCUUUGUUGUGGUCACAUCUAUUUGUGCAAUCAGAUGUUGCAAGCCACGUUGCUGGGUCCUGUGUCGAAUGCGGAACGAAAUUUCGUUUCAACUGGAGCAACGCUGGAUUGUUUGGCCGAGAUGACUUAUAAUGUUAGCCGUGAUAUCGACCGUGCCACUCGUGUUUACCCGUUGGACGACGCCAUAACAGAGGAAGCUGCAGACGUGAUUCGACCAGAGGAUCCAGAGUUUCGCAAUGUCACCCCUGGAUUAGUUGAAAUGAGCACACAGUUGGCUGAGAAUGUGACGGAGAAAUUGUUGGAACUUUACAACAUGACCUCACCGGUUUUGUUAAUCUCGGAAAACCAGUUGAAACUGGCUGCUGCUGUCGAGUCGGAAUUUACAGAAGAGAACAAUGAGACGUACCUAGAAAGCGCCAAAAGGUUGAUCAGGAUGCUUUCAGACCCAGUAUCAAAGAAGAGGGGAGAGGCGUUGGAUCGGAGUAACCGAGCCCAUUUGCCCAUGCAACAAAUGGGAAGUUUACAAAAAGCGAUCACCAUAGGUGGCGAAUUUGAAGAGAAUGUGAACCGCAUGUCCGUGAUGUCAUGCAUGCUUAUCCGGUCACUGAGUGUCAAACGUUGUCGUGAAAAAGCUACCGAACUUUGUGAUGCGUUAAAAGGUGCGAUACAAAACUUGGAUCACGAGCCAGUGUGGUUCAGAGAAGCAUGUUUAAACGGCAAACCAACCGACGCGGCCUGUCCCACUAGACGCUUUUUGCUUGAGGCUGAGAAAGACUGUCACGCGGUUCCCAGCACCCUAGGCAUGGAGUAUGGUGUGGGUGCAUUCGCCGUGGAGGCAGUGAAUGUGUUAGAGACAAUUUCCAAAGAGUUUCAGAUUUCCAUUGACUCAUCGGACGAGGAAGAAGAUUUUGAACCAGGGAAAGUGGAACAAUGGAUGAAUCCGUCUUCAACCGACACCGAUACCAAGCGAAAUGAGCUAGCCGACCGAAUGUACAUGCUAUUCUACAUCCUCAUUAUCGUGAGCGCUCUCGCUCGGCUGUUUAUUGUAGGAGUGUUCUUUCAAGCUCACCGGUACAUCUCUGCUUAUCUGUUGGAUGUUAAAUUUGACAACGUGUACGCUGGAAAAAUGUUUGAGAUGAUUGACUCCAAGCGAUUGGAUGACGGACGUGAUACACUGCUACCAUUGAAGUCAAUGGAAAGGGAACAUGUCUACUGGCGAACAAGGUUUUACACUGCGAAAGAGAUAAAACGUGUAAUGAUACUACUGUUGCGGAUUUUUGUUUUUGGGUUCAUAUUACUUCUUGCGUUUGCAGCGAAUAAUCAUUUGAUAGAAAUGGUCGCAUUUUUGGUCGACUUGACCUUCGGGUACUACGGGAUGCGAAGGCGUGUGGGAGAAACUAGCUACACCGGAUCAUACGCUAUCGUCAAAGGGGCAGAUGGAAUAUUUCAGAAACUGCUCACUCGAUUUUUCCACAACCUAGACAACUUGAAAAGUAUUGAUCUGGACUAUGAUGCUUCAUACUGCAGCCCGACGAUUCAUGAAACAAGUGAGUUAUUAGAGAGCGACUUCUACACAAGUUGGUAUGGGCUAUUCGCCCUGGCUCUGUUCUCCCCACUGUUGCUGCGUCUGAGGCAUGUAGUUGCGUCCUUUUUCUACCCUUCCCGUGUACGACAUCGCACUGUUCAUUUGUACAAUUCGCUGCUAACCCAGCGUCGACGCCAUAUGACAACCACGAGAAAUCUAAUUGUCCAUUGGGUACGUGAAGGCCGGCUGCAGGAGGAGGCAAGGCGCAUGAGUCAGCCCUCGUUUGUAGCCUCAGUCAGUCAGAAUUUGGCCAAAGUGUUGGGGAUGGACAAAAAGAUAUGCCUUAUUUGUCAUGAUGCGAUAAACCCAGGACCAAACAUCAGCGUGUGUACUUUGGACAAAGCUGCUCUUUGCCGUCAGUGCGUUGAAGUGGUGCUCCGGAAAGACGUUUGUGUGGUUUGUUUGGACAGGAACCCUAAGCGUCUGUUCAAAGAACGAAGGAAGAUUCAACGUUUGGAGAACCAACUGAACUUAAGAGUAGAUAAAUAG